CUUCUGUUGUUUGUGUUUUGUUUAUGUGAUUUUUGACAGGAAAGAGUGUUUCACUAGAAUUCUGAGUAAAAAAAAUGCAUGUUUGAUGGUUUUUUUUGAUAUGGUGACUGUGAUUUUGAUGAUACUAGUGCAUUAGAAAAGGGUCAUUUGGUGUUUUUUAAGUGCUCAUUUUUAUUUUCUAGUGUUAUUUUAAUGGUGUUUGUGCAUAUGGAAUGAGUGUUCCACCUGAAGUUGGACCAAAGUCCAAAAAGAUUGAAUCUUUUUAUGUUAUUUCAUUUAUUUGUGAUUCUGAUGCUUUAAUGAAGUGUGUUUCAACAGAAUUUUGAGCAAAAUACAGAACCAUUCAAUGCUUUUCAUUUAAUUUGGUUCCUUUUUUUCUUGUGUGAUUCUGUUGAUACUGUUAUUCUUUUAGGAUUUUUUAUUCACCUUAUGUGGAUUCGUGUCGGGUCGGAGCCAGGUAGGGCCCGGAGGGGUUCAUCCGUAGUCGAAACCUCUAUUGAUAGAAAAUUACAUUGUUUAUACACGAAUAAAAAUUAUCUUUUAUCUAUAUAGUAGACGCCGAACCUUCUUUGGCUUUUUCAUGUGUUUAUUUCCUCAGAUUUUGAACCUCUUGGUAAACUUUUUGGCUCCGCCAUGGUUUUGUGUGAUUCUGAUGUUAUUAAUGCACAGGAAAAGAGUGUUUCCACAGAAUUUCAAGAAAAGAGUGUUCCCUGGUGGGAGCUCAACCAAUGCGCAGGUGCCGGAAGUCUCACCUACGAUUGCUUGGAUUUCAAAAUCAGAGAAUGCUAAACAGAAGGAGCCUAUUCACCAUGGAGAUGUUGACAUGAAAGGAGGUGAUAAUGAUGUGAUGUUCAUUGAUGGGAAUACUGGAUCCCGUGGCAAAGGGAAGGAUUUUCUCGAGCUAUCCCUUGGCUAUGGUGAUUCAGCAUAUAGUGUUGGACCGAGUCAAGUUCAGUCUUCGAAGAAGCACUGCCCUUCAGAAUCAGGUGAAGUGCCUGCGAACCUAUUUUAUGAAGAUAAUCCGUCUAUCGACAUGUACUUUAGUGAGCUUGCAAAUUAUGACUAUGCCAUUUUGCAAUCACAUUUUGAUCAUAUGGAUACUCCACCUGGAGUUGAGGUUCCAAUCCCAUUGAUGUCUGGUUUUGCUAAAGCUAAAAUGGCAUCAGCCACUACAAGCACAUCGUCCACUUCAAAAGCUCUGAGUUCUCCUUUUGGAAGAGAAACCCCUGAGGUACUAAAGUACCCGUCCACUUCAAUUUAUGACUUAAAUUAUGUUUUUAAGCCUACACCAUUUGAGCUAUCUUCGUCAUCUCUGGGACCUGCUGUUGUCGAGGGCAAAUUUUCUGCCAAAGCAAACUCAAAGGGGAUAUGUUUUAAAGAACAAAAUGGUUCUACAAAUAUUUCGCCCGGGGUAGAAAAAUCUCUUAACGUUCAAGGGUCUCAUCUUAAAAGGAAGAUACAUUUAUCCCCUGGAACAGUUUCUCAUAGUUGGCAUACACCAUCUAUUCCUGGUGGAGUUCCGUUCCCUACAGCUCACUUUGUACCUCCACCAAUGCCUAGUUGGAUGAAUUUUCCCCCUAAUAUGCCAACUGCUCAAGCUUCUUCAGGGUUUAUGCUCGCACCAGGUGCUAUGAACCCUCUCCCUCUGCAUCAGGUUCAUCCAGGGUUUAUGCUUGCACCAGGUGAUAUGAACCCUCUCCCUCUGCAUCAGGUUCAUCCAGGGUUUAUGCUUGCAACAGGUGAUAUGAUCUCUCUUCCACUAGAACAGGUUCAUCCAGGGUAUAUUCUCCCACCAGAUACUAUGAACUAUUUUCUUCCAGAACUGCUUUCUACGGGGCCUGUUCUUGCACCAGGUGCUAUGCACUAUUUCCAUCAGGAAAUGGAUCAUGAACUCUGGACUCAUGGUCCGCAUAACAGUGCAAGUCUAUCACUCCAAUCCGAAUCAGCUCCUAGUAAGGAACAACAUGGGAAUUUAGGUGAAAGCCUGAAGAAUUUCCGUCUUUUCAAGAAAUUUGAUACUGUUCAAGAUCAUUCAGGCCAUUACUUUUCUGGACUUGCAUCUCUUGACAACCUGGCCUCUAAGAGUUGUGCCAAGAGGAUACUGGAGGAGUGGAAGAUACUGGAGAAAGAUUUACCUGAUACCAUAUUUGUCCGAGUGUAUGAAACAAGGAUGGAUCUGUUGAGAGCAGUGAUUAUUGGAGCUGAUGGAACUCCUUACCAUGACGGUUUGUUCUUUUUUGAUGUUUACUUCCCUAGCAACUAUCCCAAUGUUCCACCGCAUGUACACUACCAUUCUUUUGGCCUCCGGAUCAAUCCAAAUUUGUAUGAGUGUGGAAAAGUCUGCCUGAGCCUUCUGAACACUUGGGAUGGUAGUGGGAAGGAGAAAUGGAUCCCUGGUGAAUCAACUAUGCUGCAAGUUUUGGUUUCCAUACAAGGGCUAAUAUUGAACGCUAAGCCCUAUUUCAAUGAGCCUGGAUAUGCCAGGAUGAAUGGCUCAGCCUCAGGGGAACGAAACUCACUGCGCUAUAACGAGAACACUUGCAUUUUUAAUCUCAAGACAAUGGUCUAUUGUAUGAGGCGACCACCACAGCACUUUGAGGAUUUUGUUAUAGGGCAUUACUUUCAAAGCUGUCAAGAUAUUCUUGUGGCAUGUAAAGCAUAUAUGGAAGGUGCUCGUGUGGGUAGCCUUGUCAGAGGGUGUGUUCUCGGGGAUGGUGUUAAGGGUGGUUCUCGGAGUUUCAAGGCCAUGUUGGCAGGAUUCAUCGAGGUACUUGUAGAGGCAUUCAAAAAGAUUGGUUGCGAGGAUUGUGAUAAGUUUCUUCCCUUGGCAGAAAAAGCGUCAACCAGAGCAACUCCAGUUAAGAUAGACGGAUAGAGACUGCUGACCAUAUGUAGAUUUCAAUACUGUGUUAUACACCUAAUGUUGACAACUAGUUUUCAGACUUGCAUCUUUCAGCUGAAUGUCCAUGUUUUGGAUGGUAAAUUUGUAUAUGGCUGCUAUGACAAUAGUUUUUCAUUUGAACUAAAUGAUGAAGCAACUGUUUGUUAAA